GGUUUCCAUAGUAACGUAUCCAUUUUGGUUGUUCUGACGCUGGACUGAAGCAAACUGUGAAUGUGCUAGCAACAAACAAGCACUUUACGUGUGGAUAUAGAUAGCUAACUAGCUAAGCUAUUGUUAUAUUUUUACAGGAGCAAGCUUGCUAGCUAGUUAACCGUUCCCGUAACGUAGCUAGCUAAGUACUGAAAGAGUUGGUGGCCAAAGCGGGCCAGUGAGGAGGACAGAAUGUCGGGCGACCUGGUAGGGGUGUGGGAAGUGGCCCUGAGCGAUGGAGUCCAUAGAAUUGAGUUUGAACAUGGCACAACAACGGGGAAAAGGGUAAUCUACAUAGACGGAAAGGAAAUUGUAAGGAGAGACUGGAUGUUCAAGCUGGUGGGAAAGGAGACCUUCAACGUGGGAAGCGCGGCCACCAAAGCGACCAUUAACAUUGAUGCAGUGAGCGGCUUUGCUUAUGAAUACACACUGGAGAUCAAUGGAAAGAGCCUGAAAACGUACAUGGAGAACCGCUCCAAAGUCACCAGCACUUGGCUGCUCAAUCUGGACGGCAUCGACUGCAGGGUCGUCCUGGAGAAAGACACCAUGGAUAUUUGGUGUAAUGGACAAAAAAUGGAGACAGCGGGGGAGUUUGUGGAAGACGGUACUGAGACACACUUCACUCUAAGCGACCACGACUGUUGCAUUAAGGCCAUGAGCAGUGGAAAGAGGCGAGAUGGCAUUAUCCACACUUUGCUCGUGGACGGCACAGAGAUAGCUGAAACCACAGAGUGAUUUUGUGUGUGUGUUUUGAGCACUUUGUCGGAGCGAAGACAGCCUUUGCAAAUCAGGGACACAAUAAUAGACUGAACAUUGGUGCUGUGUGAUAUUUCACUGUCAAGCUGGAGCCCAUGAGGUACCUCUGCACAAUGACCACGAUCUUAGAUGGUUAUCUCAUGGGCUCCAGUUCUGCAGACAUACAGUAUUUUCUAUCAUUUUAUCUGGUAAACUGACAUUAUCACCAGUGGGUGAAAGGCAGGAUGCACAGUUGUGUCAAGAGGAGUAGUCAUGUCAAUAAAAGCCUACUCCUAAAUGGGAAAACAUUUCUUAAUUUUUAAGUUGAUAUUCCAGAAAGUGCACUGUGUAUGAGGAAUUAUCCUUGUACUUGUACAUUUACAAAACAAAUGGCACCCUAUUCCCAUUGACCAGAGGUAGCCAUAUGGGCCCUGGUCAAAUGUAGUGCACUAUAUAAGGAAUAAGGUGCCAUUUGGGAUGCAGACGCUGUCCAUGAUCCAUGCAGCUCGCUUAUAAUGCAUUCAUGUGCCAGUAAUUUGCUUUUGUGUGUAGGCUGCAACAUUCUAAAACAAAUGAAUUGUGAUAACUGGAGUAUUUAUAAAACAGAUGUGUCCCAUGCAUAGUUGGUAAUUUAGCAUCAAUGGUAUGUUUGAUGUUAACGAUGCUUUGAUGUCAGCCCUUACAACUAAUUAAUACGUUUAGUUUGGUAGGGGAUAAGUGUAUGUGAAUAUAGUAUAUGAACUUGUUGGCCCAAAUUCAAACAAUUGCAGAUAAAAGAUAACCACACUGGGGGUUCAUUCAGAAUGUUGAUGUUGUAUUGGAGGUGUUACGUGUUAAAAACGACUCAUCUGGGUUAACCCAGAACUAUAGUCUUGCAUAAUUGGUCAGAUGCUCGAUUAAGUUCUGGGUGUUAAGGGAAUAGACAUCGAGGAUCGGAACCGGAACGAAGAGCUCCACCCUCUCUCUUUGCAAGUCUAUGGGCCAAAUGUCCCCUCCCAUUCCGAUUUGUCCAAAGCACCAGAACUAAUGCUGCUCGUUAUCUCAAGCAUCCUGUUGUAUCUUGACAGAUCUACGCUACCAUUUAUGUUUAUGUAGUCUGGCCACGAGAGAUGAAAAACGGACUCUUGGUGCAAGUUGUUCCUCUCACAGACUUUGUCAUUGGAUAUUGACGUGAAAACACAUCUGUCCUUAAAGUAUAACGUAAACCUGUCCACGCAGCCAUUUUCCUUUAUCUGUGAUUGAGUGAAUUGGGGUCAAUUCAAUGGAACUGGACUUAUUUUGCUAGAUUCUAACCAGUUUCUGACAUGAACGGAAUAAACUGUGCUGUUACCCUCAGA